AUUUCUUUGGUAGAUGCGAAGCGGUUGAUUGGUAGGAGAUUUAGUGAUUCCUUAGUUCAGAACGAUAUCAAGCUUUGGCCAUUCAAGGUCAUUGAAGGUCUUGCCGACAAGCCUAUGAUUGUGGUCACUUAUAAGGGUGAAGAGAAGCAUUUUGCUGCAGAAGAAAUCUCAUCUAUGGUUAUUAAAAAAAUGCGUGAGAUUGCGGAGGAUUACCUUGGCACAACUGUGAAGAAUGCCGUAGUCACUGUCCCAGCCUACUUCAAUGACUCACAACGUAAGGCCACAAAGGAUGCUGGAGGCAUUGCAGGACUGAAUGUCAUGAGGAUAAUCAACGAACCAACGGCUGCAGCCAUUGGUUACGGUCUUGACAAGGUGGGCAUUGAUAAGAGAAAUGUGUUGAUCUUUGAUUUGGGUGGUGGUACUACAGAUGUCUCAUUGCUUACCAUCGACGAUGGUACUUUUGAAGUAAAGGCCGUUGCUGGAGACACUCACCUCGGAGGUGAGGACUUUGACAAUAGAAUGGUAAAACAUUUCGUUGAAAUAUUUAAGAGGCAUCAGAAGGUGGACAUUAGUGAAAAUGUCAAAGCUCUAAGAAGAUUGAGAACUGCCUGUGAGAGAGCAAAGAGGAUUCUUUCUUCUGCAGCUGAGACUACCAUUGAAGUUGAUUCUUUAUAUAAUGGUAUUGAUUUCUCCUCAAGUAUUACUCGUGCCAGAUUCGCAGAACUCAAUAUGGACUUGUUCAAGAAGUCUAUUAAGCUUGUGGAGAAUUGUUUGACUGAUGCUAAGAUGGACAAGAGUGGAGUCCAUGAUAUCGUUCUUACUGGUGGUUCUUCUAGAAUUCCCAAGGUACAGGAGCUGUUGCAGGACUUGUUUGAUGGAAAGCAGCUUAACAAGAGCAUCAACCCAGAUGAAGCUGUGGCUUAUGGAGCAGCUGUUCAAGCUGCAAACAUGGCUGGUAUGGGUAAUGAGAAAGUCCAACACAUUGUACUCUUGGAUGUCACCCCUCUCUCUCUAGGAACCCAGAUCCUUGAAGGUGAGAUGUCCGUUGUGAUUCCGAGGAAUACUGCCAUUCCCACCAAGAUGGAGCAUUACUACACCACCGUUUAUGACAAUCAAACUUCUGUAUUGUUCUCAGUUUAUGAGGGUGAGAGAGCAAAAGUUGUGGAUAACAAUUGGUUGGGAGAAUUUACACUUGCCCCCAUUCCUGCAGCACCCAAGGGUGUAGCUAAUAUGAAAACAUGCUUUGAGAUUGAUGCCAAUGGUAUAUUGAAUGUUUCUGCUGUGGAGCAGACUAGCGGCAUAAGUUACAAGAUUACAAUUACAAAUUACAAGGCUUCACUGUCCACAGAAGCGAUUCAUAGGAUGGUCCUGGACGCAGAGAAAUAUGAAAUUGAAGAUGAUAAGCACAGAAAAAAGGUUUGGGCUAAGGAAGCUUUGGAGAACUAUGCAUACAAAAUGAGGAGCAUUGUCAAUGAUAAGGAGAUUGGUGACAAGCUGGACGCCGCUGGUAAGAAGAAGAUUGAAGUUGCUACUAAGCAGGUGAUUCAAUGGUUAGAUGGUAUCCAGCAUUCAGAGGCAGAUGAGUUUGAGGAAAAGCUGGUUGGACUUGAGUUAAUCUGCAAUCCCAUCAUUGCAAAGAUAUCUAGAAGACAAUAAGCAAUUGAGCAGCUCCUCCCAUAAGAAAGAUGACAGUUAUUUUGAUGAUGACAAUUAGGACACUAGAGUCCGCUAUAGCACCUUAUCUGUGCAAUGGAUGCAAGGAACUAUAUUUUGAGUAUCCCGACUUUAUUUGUCCAGACUUAGGUUUUUUUUUAAGUGUGUUUUGAUGUGGGUUUGUUGGGUAGCAGUUGGAAAAAUUGAAAUAUGGUGUGUAGUUUAUGGUUUUUGUAAUUGGCGUGAAUGUUAA